UCUUGUUAAUUGAUGGAAUUUUCAGAUCUAAGGAUGGGCAAGACAAAGAAGAAGAGACAGAGUGCGUCUGCUCGAGUGGAUCCCGUAGGGUUAGGUGAGACCGGGGAUAAUCUUGAGAUGAACGGAGAGCCAACUGAGACAGAGAUUAUUGCCAACAUCAUGAGUCAACUUCAAUCAGGGAACCCUGAGGAUAAGGUUUGUGGAUGCCAGAGUCUGGGUAAUCUUACCAGCUUAGAGAUAAUCCGGGGGGUUAUUGUAGAUCAGAAAUUAGUUCGAAUAGCUGGACCUCUCCUCCUAGAUUCAGAUCAGAUGGUUAGAUUAGCAGCUGCAGGAGCUCUUAGGAAUUUGUCUGCAACGGAUCCUGAUACAGCGGAGGAAAUAGUUAAACAGGAUGUGAUGACUCCAGUUCUUGAAUUCUUUAAUCAGUUGACCAGCAGACAGACAGAUACACUUACAGAUCAGGAAUAUAAUAUUUUAACAGAAGCUGUCAAUUAAAAAAUCUUUUCUUUA